GAGAGAGACAAGAAAGGAAGGGGAGGGUUUUGUUUUGUAUGAGUGGGAGAGAAGAGAUGGUGAGAGGCCAGGGUUGAAGAGAGGGCAAAGAGAAAGAAUUGACAGAGAAAUGGAUAGAGGCUGAAAGUAUAACAACACAGGGCGAGACCCGGAUGCAGACACAGGAGGCAGACGGUUUGAGUCUCUGAUAUUUAUUAAACAACAAGGGGCAGGUCGAGGACAGGCAAAAGUUCAUAACCAGGUCAGAGUUCCAAACGGUACAGGGAGGCAGGGAGGCUCAAAGUCAGGGCAGGCAAAAGGUCAGAACCAGGAGGACUAGAAAAACACAGACAAGGAAAAAGCAGAAGCACGGAAAACCACGAUGGUUGACUAAACAAGACAAGGUGACCUGACAACAGACAAACAGAACACAGGAAUAAAUACCCUGGGAAUAAUGGGGAAAACGUGUGACACCUGGAGAGAUGGAGACAUCCCUGCCCCUGACCAGAAGGGGACAUCUACAGAGGAGAGUUCUGAAGAAGAGGAGGACGAAGAGGAGGAGGAGGAUUCUGACGGCUCUGCUGAGAAAGAAGAAGAAGUAGAAUCCAAGGAGCCUGAUGUUGAGGGUUCCUGUAAUGAGUCAGAGUCGGCUCCUCAACCUGAUGCAGAGGUUUCCCUUGCUAAAGAUGUGCCCCCCAAGCCAUGCUGUGAAAAAUGCAAGGCUGUCCAGUGGAGUCAAGGCAAUGAACUGGUUACUCCCAGGAGGAUCUCUAAAGGACGCCUACAGGUGCAGCUGGAGGGAGAGGGGACAUAUGAGUGCUCCGUCACCGGCCUGGUGUUUGAGGUGUCGGGGAGAGUCCUGAUCCGCUACUCGGUCCUGUCCUGGUCCAAGUUCGGCAUGUUUCUCAGGGACUCCUGGAGGUUCGCUGGGCCCAUCUUCAAUGUGGACUGUGUCAACAGCCCCUCAUCCAUCCUCACCUCCAUCCAGUUCCCUCACUCCCUCUGCCUCGCUGACCCCGACAGUGAAAUGACCUUCAGUGUCCUGCAUAUGAAGGACAGCUGUCCGGUGAUCGAGCCCUCGGUAGACCACUCUGGCAGCCAUGUAAAGUGGCGUGUGUCGUCCCUGUCCCCAGUGGGGCCCAUUGUCCAGAGCAGCAAGCCUGUAGAGCACCACGGUGUGGUCCUGGUGUAUAAGGAACUGGCUCUGAACAACUCCUACUCCUUUCGCAUCUACCUGGCCACCAACAACUCCUCCGACAUUAAGGACAUAGGGAAGGAGGUGCGUUGCUCCAAGAGGCGUUACCUGAAGGUAGAGAAGCCUCCCACCUGUAAGCUGGAUGAGAGUAGGUACCGCCUCAUGAGUGAACCAGAGGGAGACAUCAGCCCUGCGGACUUGCCGUUCACGCUGGCCGUGACUAAAUUGAAGGGAUAUUUUGAGGUGUUCUUUGAGCAGCCCCCUCCUUUCAAGGUCUCCCUCGUAGAGACAGAGUCUGACCAGACUGUGUGGUCAGCCACCAUCAGAGAAGGUGACUGUGUGGACAGUACAGUUGAAAAGUCAAGGAAACUGACAGAUAACAGGAAGAGAAGCACCAGCACAUCAGAGGAAGAGUUGCCCAAAAAGAGACGUCGAUGUGCAGAUGAGUCGGGUGAUGGUGUGAACACAUCCAUUGUGUCGUCUGCUGUUAACUUCUCUGGGCUAGACGGAGUGCGGACAGUGCAAGUCCCAGACGUGUCGUCCAAGCAGCUGAUGCAGGUGGCUAAGCGGCUGGGGAAGGAGUGGAAGCAGGUGGCUAUCGGUUGCCUGGACCUGUCCUCCAAAGAGCUGGACGAUAUACAGGCCAGUGAGGAGGAUGUCAUCAUGCAGAGGUUUAAGGCGUUGGAGCGCUGGAAGACUGGCAGGCCAAAUGGUCAAGCCACUGUCACUCACCUCUUGAUGAGCCUACAGGAGCUGGAUGACCUGCCCAACGAGGUCCUCAAGACACUGCAAGAUAUGAUAGACAAUAAAGCUGCCGAAUGAGAUAUCUUUUGCCUCCAAAGGUCCCUGCCUUUCCGCAGCCCAGAGAGACAAUGGGAGAGAGACGUUUGAACUCUUGCCUUGAAGACAGAAAUCCCUCUGCUUAUGCUGUAUCGCAGGGGUACUCUUACCCUACGAGGUCCAGAGCCUGCUGGUUUUCUGUUCUACCUGAUAAUUAAUUGCACACACCUGGUGUCCCAGGUUUAAAUCAGUCCCUGAUUUGAAGGGAACAAUGAAAAAAUGCAGUGGAACUGGCUUCGAGGUCCAGAGUCGAGUUUGAGGGCUGUAUGGAGUAGGAUGAAAGUUCCCUCUGGUCCAGGGAUGGGCAACUCCAAUCCUCAGGGGCCGGAGUGGUGUCACAUUUCUUCCCCACCCCUAGCUAACGCAGCUGAUUAAGCUAAUUGCAUUCUAACUAAAGAUCAUAAUUAGUUGAUUAUUGGAGUCAGGUGUGUUGGCUGGGGCUGGGGCAAAGGUGUGACACCAAUCCAGCCCCCGAGGACUGGAGUUGCCCGUCCUUGCUCUAUAGGCUGAUCUAAGGUCAGCUCUGCAUACCUCCUUCAUAAAUUGAGGAUGGUACACUGAUCCUAGAUCAGAAGCAUUAUGUGUCUCCUGCCAUUGCCUAGGCAGGGCAGGGCCGGUACACCAGCCUAGCACUGUCAGCCCCUUCCAGCCCAAGAGAAUUGGGAUUCAAUUGCCUUCAACUGAUAUGUUUGAUUUCUGCAGGCCUGGAUGCUAGAUCUAGUGAACUUUGUGCCCUGCCUAGUAGUGAUGUUUAGUAGUGGGAAACCCUGGCUUUUCACCCCUCAUGUUCUCUCAGGAUUACAACAGGAGUUCAACAAAGGCAUAGAAAGAGAAUUACACCUCAACCUUUAAUCUUGAAUGGUUAUGUUCUUAGACAUUCACAAAUGGUCCAUUAACCUGGAAUAAUGCAGGCGUUAUCAAGCUGUAGCGGUACCCCAAACAGCCAGGAGCUGAUGCUACGACCUGUGCAGUGAAGACCUCUUAUGUCAUAGCUCUGGGAAAUAGGUAGCUAAUGCGUAGCCAGUAACAGACAUGUUGCUGCAGUAUGGAAACUGCUAACACACUUACAGGGCUGUUGUCUCAAACGUUGUAUAUUUUGUGUAUUUUGAUAUUUCUCAAUCAAGGCAUUGCCACUUGCUUAAUCAUGGAAUUGGAAGAACUACUCAAGGAGUGUAGCUGUACUUUUAAUACGGUGUACAUAUUUUCUGUUUUUUUAACUAUACUGUGAUUGUUUUUAUUUUUGUAGUCUGUGUUUGUUCGUUUUUUAUGUGUGUUAUGACCAAAUUGAGCCGUCAAACUGAGAGUGGGGAUAGCUAAGCUUCAUCUCAGAGAAAAGAUUGGUAAUAUUUACUUUUGUUUAGCCUGGAUCGUGUACAUUCUGUAGCCUGGAAAUCACGCUCGUGCAUUUGAACAUGGUGGGAUUGACUGAAUUCCAGAAACCACUAAUGUAGGAGAGUAUUUUUUGUUCAUAAAAAGGGCUACUAACUCAUUUUAAACACCUUUCAAUAGGGAUGUCACUGUUGCCAAUACUGGGACCCAAAUACCCCAGGCAGAUUAACUGUGACAUUAUGAAUGGGAAAACCAUGAGUUAAGUUGUCUAUUGGGUAUUGGAUGCCAUUUGCAAGUGUGUACAUAUUUUUACACAGAGUGAUCGCUCCCAAAAGUCCAUCAUUAAUAUUCCAGUCCUUACAUGUGCACUUCUGUAAUGUUACAGCUCAGGAAUGGGCCUUCAUAGGGCUCUGGGCAUGGUGUCUAAGAUUACAAAUCUUUGACUGAAUAAAAUACAUUUUUGGAAA